UUCCCCCCAAUCUCUACGUCUUCUCUUUCUCUCUUUCUUAUCAAGAUUAGUUUAAAACCCUAAUUUCCUUUUCCAAUGAGGAGUCGUUGAUGAGAUCGCCGGCGGCGAGGGUUUCCGAUAGCGGGAUGGCAAACGGCUCGCCGGAGGGCUUCGUGUUACGGUCCGGCGUUAGAUCGGGCCUCAAGCGCGAGUUCUCGUGGGCGCUCAAGGCCCAGUCUCAAAUCCCCUCCUCCCUUUCUCGCACUCGUUCCGGUAAGUCUCCGGCAACCUUCUCUUCUCCCCUUCCGGUCAAUAACAAGAAACCCAAGAGAUCCGAUGGUCGGGAUUCACCGUCUGCUGUGGAGCCGAUCAAGAUCGACAAUCUGGAUGCCUCCGAGAAGGACGUCGGUCCUCCUCCUCCUCCGCCGCCGCCACCACCGUCGUCGCCGCCUACUCUCCCGGAGAAACCUUUUAGGAGAUUCACGAGAUCCGUAAUGAAGGGAUUCGCCAUACCUCCAGGCCCUAUCGAUCAGGCCGGAGAAGGGGUGGAGGUUCCAAUCCUCAUUGAAGAGGACGAUGGUCGCAGUCUGGGCGAGGCUCAGGAUGUGAUGGUGAAGAGUUCCACGGGUUUGGUAUUGAAGCCCCAACGCGAAGAACCAGCAAUGCACGAUAAUUUGAUAGAUUUGGAUGGUCAGGACGGGUCAGAGAAUCCCGGUAGGGUAUUGCCAAGCCCUGUGUUGGAGAUUAAAGUUGAAAAGAUUGAACCUUCAAUGGAAACCACACCACUGAACGGCAUUGUUUCUGAGGAGCCGGUGAAGAGGUUCUCAAGAUCAUCUAAACUCAAAGAGCCAGUGGUGCCAAUGGAGGAUUCAUGUAAGCCUGAAAGGAGAUUCACCAGACUGGCACUGAAAACUAUGGUGAAAGUUGAGAUAGAGGAUCAAGAUGUCAUGGUUGUGGAUGCCGCCUCCCCGGAAUAUCCUACAAAGAGAAUUACUAGGUCUGCUAUGAAGGUUGCUGUGGAAACUCCAAUAGAGAGUGGUGACCGGGAUAUCAAAAAGGAUGAUGCAAGUGUUGAGGUCAGUGCUAUCAAUGGCUCUUUAAGAACAACACCAAAGAAGAAGUUGGAGCUGAAGAUGUCCAAGAAGAUAGCUUUAACAAAGACGCCAUCAAACAUAAAGGAGCUUCUUGUUACAGGAUUGCUGGAAGGGUUUCCAGUCAUGUAUGUCACUGGCAAUGGCAUGCAAGGUGGUCUGCAAGGUGUUAUAAACAAUGAUGGCAUAUUGUGUUCCUGUGAUUCUUGUCAUGGAUCCAAGACCAUUUCAGCCUACCGGUUUGAGCAGCACGCUGGAAGCACGAAGAAACAUCCAUCAGAUUUUAUUUUCUUGGAGAAUGGGAAGAGCGUGCAUGAUGUAUUGAGGGAAUGCACCAAUUGUCCUUUGGACACAUUGGAAGCAGUGAUUCAGAAAGCAAUCAGUCCAGUAUCACUGAAAUCUCUUACCUGCCGGAAGUGCAAGGGGCAAUUUCAUGGUUCACAGCUUGCAAAAUUUGUAUUAUUGUGUGAUUCUUGUGUUCAAUCUCAGAGACUUCUGUCCACCCCUGGCUCAUCCAAUCGUGCCAGUAACAUUGGCAGGUCAAUGAAGCUAGUUGUGGUACCAAAAUCUGCUGACAGUGAAACUAAAGGCAAAUCAUCCACCAAGGAGAGCAGCCGUGGCAGAUUAACCAAAAAGGAUGUCGGUUUGCAUAAACUGGUAUUUUCGAGCGACAUUUUGCCUGAGGGAACUGAAGUAGGUUACUAUGUCCGAGGAAAGAGACUGCUCGAAGGUUUUAUAAAAGAUUCUGGAAUAUGCUGUCAUUGUUGCAAUACUGUGGUCAGUCCUUCGCAAUUUGAAGCUCAUGCUGGCCGUGCUGCAAGGCGGAAACCAUACAAUAAUAUUUAUACUUCCAAUGGUGUGUCGCUUCAUGAGCUGUCAGUUUCCCUAUCAAAAGGAAGGAAGUUGUCAACUAGUGAAAAUGAUGACCUAUGUAGCAUUUGCGCAGAUGGUGGAGAUCUCCUUCUUUGUGAUCUUUGUCCGAGGGCUUUCCAUUCAGAUUGCGUGGGGUUGUCAAGUAUUCCACAAGGAGAUUGGUAUUGCCGAUAUUGUCAUAAUCUUCAUCAACGAGAGAAGUGUUUGGAAAGUAAUGCUAAUGCAAUUGCUGCUGGGAGGGUUGCUGGAGUUGAUCCUAUAGAGCAAAUAUUUAAAAGAUGCAUUCGUGUUGUCCAAACACAAGAGAGUGAUGUUGGUGGCUGCGUGUUGUGCAGAUGUCAGGAUUACAGCAAAUCAAGAUUUAGCCCACGAACUGUACUGCUUUGUGAUCAAUGUGAGAAGGAGUAUCAUGUUGGGUGCUUAAAGGAUCAUAACAUGGCUGACUUACAGGAAUUGCCAGAGGGAGAGUGGUUCUGUAGUCAUGAUUGCAGUAAGAUUCACAUGGCUCUGCAAGGCAUGCUUAUUCGUGGAUUAGAACCACUUCAAGACUUAUGUAGGGAUCAUAUGAAAAAGAAGCAAGAAGAAAGUGGUUCAUGCAAUGAUUCUUGUGCUGAUGUUAGCUGGAGGCUUCUCAGUGGGAAGUUCUCUUCUGCUGAUAGUAAACCAUUGCUUUCAAAAGCUGUUGCCAUUUUCCAUGAGUCAUUUGAUCCUAUAGUGGACAUUAUAACUGGGCGUGACCUUAUUCCAGCCAUGGUUUAUGGGAGAAACCUGAGAGACCAAGAUUAUGGGGGAAUGUAUUGUGCAGUACUAACUAUUGGUUCAUCUGUAGUAUCAGUUGGACUUCUGCGAGUUCUAGGGUGUGAGGUUGCAGAGCUUCCCCUAGUAGCCACACAUAGGGAAAGCCAAGGGCAGGGCUACUUCAGAUUGCUGUUUGCGUGCAUAGAAAAAUUGCUGGGGUCUUUGCAAGUUAAGCAUUUUGUGCUCCAUGCAGCUGAUGAGGCUGAGUCCAUUUGGAUCAAUAAAUUUGGUUUCUCCAGAAUAUCUCCUGAGAAAUUGAAUGAAUAUACAAACGGUGCUCACUUAACUCAUUUCCAGGGUACAUCAGUACUUCACAAGCUAAUACCCCAGUGCCAGAUUUCCACUCAAGGAAAUUGAACCAAACAUUUUCUCUUUUGGUUGCACUGAAGAGCUUUUUGUUUUUUUGAAGGUUUCGUUUGAAUGGAUUUUGCUUUGAUAUGCACAGUGAAAGAUUUAGUGUAUAGGAAAGAUCCAUAAGUUAGGUUUUUGUGGCUAGUGCUUUUUUUAAGGAUUGUAGCCUACUAAUUUAAUUUUGAUAUGAUUUAGAAUUCAAAGGA